GGGGGUCACGGCACGUCAAUUUCAUAACUUUCUGUAUUAUCAUCUCCCUUCAACGCGACACUCUUUGGUUACUGUCCAAAGACGAGCCUGUAGGAGUGUGUGUGCAUCACUUCUGCUUGAGAACAUUUAAAAUUCAGCAUGAUGAAUUUAUCCAGGAGUCAUAGGCUCCUUCGAAAGGUUGUGAAACAGGAGUCUUUCCAAAGUAGUCUGCAGAAUUUAAGAUUUUCCAGUGGCUGGACAGGACAAGAGUCUGUCCAACAUGAUGAUCCUGAAAUGUGGCAAUUGGUGCAAGAAGAGAAACAGCGUCAGAAAAAUGGAUUAGAAUUGAUUGCCUCAGAGAACUUUUGCAGUAAAGCAAGCUUGGAAGUUUUGGGUUCCUGUCUAAACAAUAAAUAUUCUGAAGGCUAUCCAGGUCAAAGAUACUAUGGAGGAACAGAGGUAAUUGAUAAAAUUGAAAACCUCUGCCGUAAAAGAGCUUUAGAAGCUUUUCACUUAGAUCCAGAGAAGUGGGGAGUUAACGUUCAACCAUAUUCUGGUUCUCCAGCAAACUUUGCCACAUACACUGGACUGCUGCAGCCGCAUGAUCGCAUCAUGGGUUUGGAUCUUCCUCAUGGUGGACAUCUCACUCAUGGUUUUAUGACUGACACAAAGAGGGUGUCUGCUACAUCUGUCUAUUUUGAGUCUAUGCCAUACCGCCUCAAUAUUGAGUCUGGGACAAUUGAUUAUGAAAAGUUAAGAGAAACAGCUGUUUUAUUCCGACCUAAAAUGAUUAUUGCCGGAACCUCUGCAUAUUCCAGACUAUUAGACUACCAAAAAUUUAGAGAGGUUUGUGAUCAAGUAAAAGCUGUUUUGUUGGCAGACAUAGCACAUAUAUCUGGAUUAGUUGCGGCACAAGUCAUUCCUAGUCCUUUUGAUUUUGCCGAUGUUGUGACAACUACCACUCACAAAACUUUAAGAGGAGCAAGGUCAGGCAUGAUAUUUUACCGGAAAGGCAUCAAGGGGACAAAUCCUAAAUCAAACCAACCGAUUUACUACGAUUUUGAAAACCGUAUCGAUGCAGCUGUUUUCCCUUCUUUGCAAGGAGGUCCUCAUAAUCAUGCUAUUGGAGCAGUUGCUGUGGCUCUAAAACAAGCUACAUCCCCAGAGUUUGUUUUAUACCAACAACAGGUCUUAAAAAAUGCCAAAGCUAUGGCUAAUGCCCUAUUAAAAAAAGGAUAUACUUUGGUUUCUGGAGGAACAGAUAAUCAUCUUGUCUUAGUUGAUCUUCGAUCAAAAAAUCUGGACGGUGCUCGUGUGGAGGCUGUUUGUAAUUUAACUCACAUUACUGCCAAUAAAAAUAGCUGUCCCGGUGACAAAUCAGCUCUUUAUCCAAGUGGACUAAGGCUUGGUGCCCCUGCUCUAACUUCAAGAAACUUCAAAGAGAAAGAUUUUGAGGAAGUUGUUAAUUUUCUAGAUGUAGCUGUUGAUAUUGCAGCGGUAGCGAAAAGCAAAGCUGGAAAAACCAUGAAAGAGUACCAUGCUUUUCUAGCCAGUGAUCAGGAUAUUAUUAGAAGAAUGUCUGCCCUUAAGUCAGAUGUUAAAUCAUUUGCCUCAAGCUUCCCUAUGCCCGGAUUUGAUGACCAUUAAGUUACGAAAAUACUUAGAUGUUUAAUUUGCUUAAUAAGUCCGUCAAGAUUUGAUAUUACUUUAUAGGGAGCAAUAUAAAAUGUCUUUGCUAUUCAUUUUACAAAA